GUUGGUUGGAUCUGUGCUGUGCUCAGUCAGUGUAAUCCCGUCUCUCCAGCCGGCCGACAUGGCGACUGCGAGGACGCUCAUAUGCUCCACAACAACCUGCAUCUGAAGCGGCUCCCGGCGGGCAGCUCCGCAGCAUCACCGUCACGCUCGGCGUAUUCGUGGACAAACGCGCACUUGCACACAGUGGAUAUAUAAAUCGGGGCUGAGCGAGGAAGACCAUGGUGGAACAGGGCCAGACAUCGUUGGCCGGACAGAGAUUAGGAGCACCGGAGACUCUGGGGAUCAGCACCCUGGAGCCCGGACACAAACCACCUGCUAUGCCACCGGGACGCCUGGUGCCCAUUAGAGUUGUACUGCUCGAUGACUCAGAGGAGAUAUUUGACAUAUCGCAUCGAGCAUCGGGCCGGGUUCUGUUCGAGAUGGUCUGCUUGCAUCUGAACCUUAUUGAGGGGGAUUACUUUGGCCUGGAGUUCCAAAGCCAUCACAGAAAGAUGGUUUGGUUGGAUUUACUAAAGCCCAUUAGAAAGCAGAUCACACGGCCCAAGCACACCGUUCUUCGGUUUGUUGUGAAAUUCUUCCCCCCUGAUCAUACGCUGCUGUUGGAAGAGCUGACCAGGUACUUGUUUGCACUGCAGGUGAGGCAGGAUCUGGCCAGCGGACGUCUCACAUGUAGCGAUGCCAGCGCUGCUCUUUUGGUGUCUCAUAUCAUCCAGUCUGAGAUUGGGGAUUUUGAGGAAACUCAGUGUAGACAACAUCUACUUAACACCAACUACAUCCCUGACCAGAUGGCCCUGAUGGACAAAAUCAUGGAGUUCCACCAUAAACACAUUGGACAGACGCCAGCAGAGUCAGAUUACCGGUUGCUGGAGGUGGCAUGCAGGUUGGAGAUGCAUGGUAUCCGACUCCAUCCUGCUAAAGACAGAGAAGGAACCAAACUCAGCCUGUCUGUAGCUCACGGCGGUGUCCUUGUGUUUCAGGGACACAACAGGAUCAACAGCUUCAACUGGUCUAAAAUACGCAAGCUGAGUUUCAAGAGAAGAAGGUUCCUUAUUAAACUCAGAGCAGACCCUAGCCAAAAUGUUAAUCAAGAUACUCUGGAGUUUUUAAUGACGAGUCGUGACUGCUGUAAAAUGUUUUGGAAGAUCUGUGUGGAGUAUCACGCCUUUUUCAGGCUCUUUGAGGAGCCCAGACCCAAACCUAAACCGGUGUUGUUCAGCAGGGGCUCUUCCUUCAGGUUCAGUGGUCGGACACAGAAGCAGGUGAUGGAUUAUGUGAAGGAAAAUGAGUUUAAAAAACUGCCCUUUGAUAGGAAACAUAGUAGAGUGCAGUACAACAGCGGUCUGUCACCUCUUCGUUCUGCACAGCACCAAGUGCCAAAUCAAGCUGUCAAGCAGAGCUGGGAGGGCUCAUUUUUAGUAAGCUCAGAAGAUUCUGCAGUUAUAAGGCCACGUGGAAACUCCUCAUCAUCGACUCAGCGCAAUGGAUGCAGCGACCAAACGUACACCAUUCAGGAGGACAACAGAAGUCCGGCAGCUAAGCAGCAGCCCGUCGAUCGAGCAGAGGUGACGUGUGCUUUAGUUAACGGUCACGCUGAUGACUGUAGAGGCGCAACGCCGUCCCCUCUCAUCUCUCCCAUGCUGAAUGACACUGGUGCCAUACGUGCUGAUGAUGAAGAGGACAACAGGAGGAAGAACUGUCCCACUGAUAAUGCAUACUGCAUAGCUAAAGAGCUGCUGAGCACUGAGAGGACGUACCUGAAGGACCUGGAGCUGAUCACAGUGUCAUUUCAGGGAGUGUUGGAUGAAGAGGAUUGCGUUCCUGACACUCUGAAGACCCUGUUGAGUUCCACCUAUGAGCCACUACAUUCCCACCACACACACUUCCUCCAGGAGCUCGAGGAGCGACUAUCCCUGUGGGAAGGCCGAUGCAAUAUGCAGGUUAAAGGAGAAAUCCAUUGUGUUGGAGACCUGCUGCUGAAGACCGUACAGGAGCUGAAGGGUCUCUCAGCUCAGCUGCAAAUGAUCUCAGAGUGUGUGUUUGCGCUGGAAAGAGCGUGUGUCGCAUCCCACAGACUGGAGCACGUGUGCCGUGAGUUUGAGCUGCAGAAGGUGUGUUACGUUCCUCUUAACGUCUUUCUGCUCAGUCCUCUACAUCGCUUGCUGCACUACAGACAGAUACUAGACAGACUCUGCAAACACUACCAGCCGACACAGAGCGACUACAGCGACUGCAGAGCUGCAUUGGACGAUGUGUGUGAGUUGGAAGCUGUGCUUCAUCCUGGUCUGGAAGAGAUUGAGAACUAUCAGAAACUCCUGGAGCUUCAGAAGGAUUUGAUUGGUGUUGAGCAUCUGGUCGUGACUGGACGUCAGCUCAUCAGACUGGGCUGCCUCAGCAAACUCUCUGGGAAAGGCCUUCAGCAGCGCAUGUUCUUCCUGUUUAAUGACGUUCUGUUGUACAGCACUCGAGGGAUAACAUCAACCAAUCAGUUCACGGUGCACAAACAGCUUCCGCUGCGCGGCAUGACAAUCCGGGAGAGUGAGGACGAGUGGGGCGUCCCGCACUCAUUCACACUGAUGGUACAGCAGCAGUCACUGGUGGUCGCUGCAUGGUCAGAGUCAGAAAUGGAGAAAUGGAUGGAGGAUUUAAAGAUGGCGGUUGACAUGGCUGAAGAGUCUAAUGGACUGAACGCUGACCUGCUGACUGCUAGCAAGGAUGCCAAAUCCUCAGGGGUGUCUGAAGUGGAGUCAGAGGACGAUCUUUGUGGGUCUCGAACAUCUUUGCCACGAAACGGCAACAGUUCAGCAAACACUUUUCACCGUGGUAACACUACAGCACACGUGUGCUGGCAUCGCAACACCAGUGUUUCCAUGCUGGACUUCAGUAUCGCCAUAGAGAACAAGCUCUCAGGAAACCUGCUCAGAAAGUUCAAAAACAGUAACGGCUGGCAGAAACUCUGGGUGGUUUUCACCAAUUUCACCCUGUUCUUCUAUAAAACACAUGAGGAUGAGUAUCCACUGGCCAGUCUGCCGUUGUUGGGUUACUCAGUAACACAUGCUGGAGAGUCAGAAAACAUCCAUAAAGAUCACGUCUUCAAACUGCAUUUCAAAUCACAUAUCUACUACUUCAGAACAGACAGUGAAUACUUCUUCGAAAGAUGGAUGACCGUGAUCAGAAGUGCAACAGUCUCUGCCAGCAGAACCCGCUAUCUGAACCGGACAGAACCGGACUGAACCACAUAAAACCUGCCAUGUGAAACAGACCAAACCAGUCUGAACCCCUCAGAAACUGCCAUCUGACCUGGACUAAAAAAUAACACAAACCAACAGACCCAUGCAGGCAUAUAGGGAGCAACCAUCAGUGUGUGUGUGUGUGCGCGCUUUUAUGACGACGUCACUUUUUUUGUGACUGACUUUUUUUUAGUAACAGUGUUACAUAGUAUGACAUUAAAGGGGAAUAAUACCAUUUUACUUCUGAGCCUUUUAAUAGACUCUCUUCUGUUCAAAUACCAGCCUAUUUUUCUAAAUUAUUUGUACGUAAGAAACAGAAAGAACAUGUAAGGUGCUUAAACUACGUUAGUGACAUUAAAGUUUUAUUAUAAAUGUGAAAAUCAGAGAUUAAAACAAUAGAACAUUUCACACACCUGGAGAAGUACCAUGAUCACCAUUUUGCCCUUAAGGACAGGUGCUACUGGGAAAUUUUCACAAAAACAGCUGGUUUUUGCAUUUUGGAUAAAAGGUGUUUACAAAUCGUUAGUGAGAUUUUCAUAAAAACUGCAUUAAACGGCCUCAAAUAUUCCACGGUGCUACUGUAUGUUCACAGAAUGUGCUAAUGUUGGGUGUAAAAUAGGAGAUAAGGUUAACUGAGGUUUAUUAUUAGGCCUAUUUAUAGCGUGUGUUGACAUAAAUAUGUCACAAUCUUGAGAAACUGAAAGGGAAAGUGAUAAUAAAGGCUCAGAGAUAAAGAAAGGUGGAAUUCCCCUUUAAACUCAUGGCAUUCCCCAUAAACUCACAGGUGCUUUUGAAUGUUUGCGUUUUGUCCUCUAGUAUAAAAAAAAACUUCAUGAAAAAGCAUUUCCUGCAUUUUUUAAACUGGGCUUUUACAGAAUAUCAUUUUGUAAACGAUAUUUAAAUGUACGUGUAAGCCGUAAGUGUCACUUGUUGCCUCUAAAAGGAGGCCGAUCCAUUUCAGUGCCAUGGUUUUUAUAGUACAGAUUUCUAUGUUUCUAUGUUUUAGACUUUGUUUCUAUCAGAUGAAACCAUGUUGGGUUCCAGAAGCCAAUGUGCCAAAACCAUGUUGGGUAUUUGUGUUUGUUUCCAUUUUGGAUUGAAUAAUGUAAAGGCAUUGCAAGUUUGGGAUUUAGAGACAAGUUAUAAAAUACAUGAGUGCAUUUCUUCAACAUGUAAAUUCUGACUUAUAUUUAUAGAGUUAAAGUGCCAUAAAGUGCAUAACACACAAAAGGUAUUUUACACAACAUUUAUUUCACUCACUAUGUAGCGUUUGAUAAUGAAGAAAGGAUAUUUUGAUAUUCAAGGUUGUAUGAAGACUGACACACCUCACUGUCAUUUUAGAAAUAUUAUUUUCACCAAACUAAGAAACAUUCACCUUAGGCACUGUAUACACCCCACCUAUAUUACAACAUGUUAGUUUAGUCCACAAAAAAAUAAAGCUUUAAUAUGUGCAUACAAA